AUGGUGCUUGGAAAGGAAGAGUCUUUGUCCAAGCUCAUCUUAAACUUUGGUGCAAACACGCGUAAAAUGGCAAAGUCCAAAAAAACAAAGGGCUACCUCGGAGCCAGGCGCAGUCUGCUGUCGGAGUAUUGGUCGCGCUACCACGCUAUUCGCGACGAUCUUGGCGCGCUGGCGGUCACUGAUGCUAAUGCAGCAGCGGUGCGUGACGCGCUGUCCGAUGAGCACUUUGCAGCUAUUGAAGGAGCAUAUUGCGAAGCAAUGGGUGAACUCAACGAUGGUAUCGACGAGCUUUCAGAUAUCGGCAAUGACAGUUUUAAUCAAUCUGCCACGUUUCGCUCAUUUACAGCAAGUGCACCACUCACAAUUCUUCCAAAAAUCGAGUUGCCGAAGUUCGAUGGGUCUUUUGAAAGGUGGCUAAGCUUUAAGGACAUGUUCACCACGUGCGUGAUCAAAGAUACGACACUCUCCAACGUGCAACGAAUGCACUAUCUCAAAAGCAGCGUACAGGGCGAGCCGGAGGUUAUGCUCCGGAGUUUUUCGGUUAUAGACGCUAAUUUUAUAAUUGCGUGGGACCUACUCCAACAAAGGUAUGACAACACACGACGACUUGUGAAGUCAUACUUGCGAAACAUUGUCAAGUUGGCGGCAAUGCCCACAGAAUCCGAAACGAGUCUGCGAAAACUGUUGGACACCGUGACUGAGUCAAUGCGUGCGUUACAACAGCUUGGCCGUCCAACAGCUCAGUGGGAUGAUUGGCUAAUUUUUCUAAUCACCGAAAAGCUCGAUUCUGCCACAGUUAAAGAAUGGGAGAUGAGUCUUGGUAGUCCAAGUGAGCUGCCUGCUUACAGCGAUUUAGUCGCGUUCUUAGAAAAACGCAUUCUUGGAUUGGAAGCAGUGGGGGCAGCUGCCAAGAAUAAAUCGAAAGAUUUUUCACAAAAAUCACCACACAAUCAAGCUGUGCGAAGUCAUCAAACGAGCUUUGGCCGAUGCUCAUGCUGUUCGGGUAAGCAUACGCUUAUGUACUGCCCGGAUUUCCGCAAGAAAACAUCUUCAGCAAAAUUCGAUCUGGUUCAUAAGGCAAAACUUUGUAAAAAUUGUCUAAAACCAGGCCACACUCUUGACGAGUGCUCAUCUACUUAUACAUGCCAAAGGUGCAUGCAAAAACAUCAUACACUGUUGCAUGACAGUCUUUCUACGCAACCCAACAAAGUUGCUGCUCAUCAUACGCGUUCCGAUUAUUUCAUACAAACACCAAACACAAAUGAUCUCACAUCUGUUCUGCUGGCAACUGCGGUUAUUGGAAUACGCUCUCCCACAGGGCAUGAACUCAAACUGCGGGCGCUCCUGGACAAUGGAUCACAGGCAUCUUUCAUCAGCGAGUUUGCAGUUCAACAACUACACCUUCGCAGAGCCCGUCUUCAAGUACCCAUCACCGGUAUAGGCGGCUGCCGUGUAGGUGAGUCUAAUGGCGUAGUUCAUUUCUCAUUACAUUCACUUACAGAACUCGAGUUCAACAUCGAUUGUUCGGCUCUGGUCCUGCCCCGCUUGGGACAUCUCAUGCCGUUAAAACGUGUCGAUCCAAAACCAUAUUCGGAAUUUCUCGAUCUGUCAUUAGCCGAUCCAAACUUCUUUGAACCAGGGUCUAUUGAUGUCAUCAUCGGCGCAGAUCUCUACGGUCUCCUUUUGCGCAACGACAUCAAACGCUCUGCCAUCAACAAAGUUACCGCACAGAAUACUCACUUAGGAUGGGUAAUCUACGGGCGUCUGCCCCACACAUCUACACUACUCCUGGCCACCACGUUUUGCGCUACAGCCACUACUGAGCUCAAUAAUUUGGUUCAACAACUGUGGAAGUUCAAUGAAUGUGAGGACGUGGAAGGCUCAUCCUCAAUGACGCAAGACGAAAUUUACUGCGAGAAGCUAUUUGAGCGUACAGUGUGUCGCGAUCUUUCCGGGCGCUAUCACGUUCAAUAUCCCUUUAAGGAGUCCUGUGACCUUGCUGCUCUAUUCGAUUCUAAAUCAGAUGCCCUUCGACUGUUCACAUACCAACAAGCGCGCCUUCAAAACAAUGCCACACUGAAUGAAAUGUAUACAGCGUUUAUGGCUGAGUACAGAAAUCUUGGUCAUAUGGAGCCAGUCCCAUCUGACGAUUUUGCGCAUCCAGUAUGUUACAUUCCUCAUCAUGGUGUGUACAAAAAAGGUAGCACUACGACGAAGCUUCGCACUGUAUUUAAUGCUUCAAGGAAAUACAAAGGUGGCGUUUCUCUAAACGACUGUCUUCAUGUUGGACCCAAGCUGCAGAGCGACUUAAGCUCCAUCAUUUUAAAAUGGCGAAUGCAUCGAGUUGCGUUCAUAGCGGACAUUGAAAAAUGUUAUCGCCAGAUUUUAGUCAGCAGACCUGAUGCUGAUAUGCAGCGGAUUGUCUGGCGUGACGAGCAGGACAAGCCAGCCAUUUACCGGUUGCUCACUGUAACUUACGGCUUAAAUUGUUCGCCCUAUCUCACCAUUAAGGUUCUGCACACGCUUGCUACGGAUGAAGAACACGAUUUUCCGGCAGCAUCAAAAAUAUUAAAGGAGUCGUUUUACAUGGAUGAUUGCCUGCAUGGUGCCGCAACCGUGGAAGACGCUCUGAAUAUUCAAUGCCAGCUACAACAGCUUUUGCAGCGCGGCGGAUUCAACCUUCGGAAGUGGAUGUCCAACUCUACUGAAUUUAUGCGCCAUCUGUACACUGAAGACGAAAACAUUGGGCUGUCCCGCAACUUAAAUCUUGAUAGCGAAACAAACGCUCUAGGAAUUUAUUGGCUGUGCGACACUGACAGCAUCGGUUACAAGACAAACGUAACACCUAUCAUUGGAGACAUCACAAAGAGGCAGCAAUUGUCCGAUGUGGCCAAAAUCUAUGACCCGCCGGGUCUACUAGCACCUGUCGUAGUUAAAGGUAAAGCUAUUUGUCAGCAGCUGUGGUUAUCGGGUGUCGAUUGGGACGAUCCCAUUCCUGAUCCACUUCAACAAGAAUGGCGACGCUUUAGAGACGAAAUGCCUCAAAUCAGAGAACUCAAAGUGCCCAGGUGGGUUGGAGCUGAGCCCAGUGUAUCCAGUUACCAACUGCAUGUAUUUUCUGAUGCCUCUACUGUGGCAUAUGCUGCUGUCGCGUACCUUCGUGUGGAAACUUCAGGUAAUGAUGUAAAAAUAUCAAUUCUAACCGCUAAGACUAAGGUGGCACCACUGAAGAAGAUAACCAUCCCGUGUUUGGAGCUAAAUGCUGCUCUACUCGCAGCGAAAGUAGCCGCUAAAGUGCUGUCAACACUGCAACUUCCAGCGAUUAGACUUUACUGUUGGUCGGAUUCCAAAACCACGCUCAGCUGGAUUCGAUCAAAUCCUGGUAAACACAAGCAAUACAUCAGCAAUCGUCUAACUCAAAUCCAAGAGUUAACACCAAUCAACGCUUGGAAGUAUGUACCUACUACAACGAACCCAGCCGACAUCGCAUCCCGGGGUAUCUUCCCGUCUCAGCUCGCAGGGUUGUCGCUGUGGUGGCGGGGACCUCCGUGGCUAAAUCGUCACUCAAGCACCUGGCCUGAACAACACAACGGUUACACAGAUCCAGACGAAGAAUUAGUUCUCUCCCUAGUGACGAUUCCGGAAGAGUCCAAACCAACCAUGCUCACGACAUUGCUCCAAAAAUACUCGAAUCUCAACAAGCUAUUGGCAGUCACAUCUUGGUGUCAGCGUUUCCUUGCCGCACUGAUGAAGCGACCCCAUGAAACAACUCUAUGGUGCACUGUGACUGAAAGAACCGCGGCCUUGCAAUUCUGGAUAAGGUAUGUUCAGCAGAUUCAUUUUGCUAAUGAGAUCUCCUGUCUUCGUUCUAGCAAACCGAUUUGCCAGAAGAGCAAGCUCCUCAAAUUGAACCCAGUUUUGGAUGACGAUGGUAUUUUGCGUUUAAACGGGCGGUUGAAGAACGCAAACAUGCCUUUCUAUGAACAGUUUCCAUGCUUGUUACCGAAACAGGAUCCUCUGUGCACGUUACUGAUCAGUCAAGCGCAUGACUAUACGUUGCAUGGCGGCGUUCAAUCGACUCUCAACUUUAUAAGAAGAAGAUACUGGAUUAUUGACGCUCGUUCGUCAAUCAGACGAUUCAUUCAUCGUUGUAUAAAAUGUUUUCGUCACCGAGGUGUUCCCUCGACCCAAAUCAUGGGAAGUCUUCCCACGCAUCGCUGCAACGCAGCAAAACCUUUUAGUCAUUGUGGUCUCGAUUACGGUGGACCGUACCAAAUUCGCAGCGCGAAAGGCAGAGGCCAUCACAGUUACAAGGGCUAUGUUGCCCUAUUCGUAUGCUUCAGCACCCGAGCAAUUCAUCUGGAACUGGUUAGCGACUUGAGCACUGCAGCGUUUCUUGCAGCCCUUCGAAGAUUCUUUGCACACCGUGGAUACAGUUCGGACAUAUACAGCGACUGUGCUACAACGUUCGUAGGAGCCGAUGCGGAACUAAAAGCAGAUCUGGCCAGCUUUCGACAACAGCUUGAGGCGGCAGCACGGUAUGUGCCAACUUGGGGAGUAAUAUGGCAUUUCAUACCACCUGGAUCUCCAAAUUUCGGAGGCAUCUGGGAGGCGGGUAUAAAAAGCAUGAAACAUCAUUUAAGGCGCAUAAUUGGCAGCGCAAAGCUAACCUUUGAAGAAUUUUAUACUCUUUUAAAGCAAGUGGAAGCAGUGCUUAACUCGAGGCCGAUCUCGGCACUAACAGAAGACGCAACGGACUUAGCUGCGUUGACCCCUGGCCAUUUUUUGGUGGGCGGUCCGUUAAUCGCUACUCCCGAACCAAGUUUACUUGAUGUUAAUCCAAAUCGACUCAAAAGGUGGAAACAGCUUCAGCAAAUGCAGCAACAUUUCUGGGCCCGAUGGAGUUGUGAGUACUUGCGAGAACUACAAGUAAGACGCAAAUGGCAUCAAACUAGCACCAAUCUAUCACCCGGAGACUUGGUCUUAAUACGCGACGAGCACGCUCCUCCCACUCAGUGGACGUUGGGUCGUAUAAUAGACGUGCAUCCAGGAACUGACGACGUUGUCAGAGUGGCAACCAUUCGUACGCCAACUUCCAUUAUCAAGCGAGCCAUAUCAAAGUUAGUACUGCUGCCUAUGGAGGACACCUGA